CAUUGCGUUGGAUAAGGAGUUUCAUUAUAAUUGCGAAAAGUUACCAUAUUACGAUCAAAAUAUUUUGGCCAAUUUGUCUCAAUUAAAACUAUUAUUAAUUAAGAAUAAAUUGUUUGAAGAGAGAAACCUCAACGAUUUACUAAAUAAAUGUGAUUCAAAUGACACCACAAAUCAAUUGACGACAAUUAUAACUGAUAUAGAAUUGAGAGAUCGGAAAGACAUCGAAAGUUUUGCUCAGAUUAUACUGUCGUCGGGUUUAGUGACCGACGAAUUGGAAAUGCCAUCCGAAGAGGCGGACAGUAGUCUAAUAAGUCUAACGAAUCAAUGGGUGAUUAGAUUCAAAGAUCUUCUCUCGAUUCCCAAAUUAUCGGACGAACCGUUUGCUGUAAAGCCGGCGACGAAAGUAAAGAGCAACAAAUACGGCGACGUCUACCCAAUGACAUCCCAUCCGCGAGGCUUUUGUAUCAUAAUUGACAACCAAUUGUUUGCGGGAAACACUCUGCCAUUUAGGACGGGCUCCCGAAACGAUGCCUAUAGACUCGCCGAUGUCUUCUCUCAACUCCUAUUUGAUGUCAAACUUUACACAAACAAAACGAGUGUUGAAAUGAAAACUCUAUUACAGGAUGUGAUCGCGAAGAACAACGAGUUGGUCAGUCACGACGCGUUGGCCAUUAUUAUCCUCUCUCACGGCGUUAAGGAUGAGAUCUACGGCACGGAUGGCCUAACCGUAUCGGUCGACACAAUCAUUGGGUAUUUCAAUAACAAGAACUGUCCGUUACUUAUAAAUAAGCCUAAAAUGUUCUUUUUGAGCGCCUGUAGAGGAUCUCAAAUUGAUUCAGGAAUAAAGAAGUCGCUAAAUUCAAGCCCUCGUCCAAUGGGCUCAUUGGGUGCGGCGGCGAGUGUUAUGCCCACUUGGAGUGAUAUAUUUGUGUACUAUUCUACUAUUGAAGGCUACGCCUCUCUACGUAAUGUAUCGACGGGUUCGUGGUUUGGCUACGAAUUGGCCAAUUGUUUGGCAGAAUUUGCACACAGAGAACAUCUGCACGAUUUGGUGACCAUUAAAGUGGCCGAAAGACUGCACGAAAGGAUUAGCGAAAUGAAUGGAAGUACUAUUAAACAGGCCAUUGAAACGCAAACUAAAGGAUUUGUCAAAAAACUUUAUUUCAAUCCCGGCUUUUGCGCCAUUGAAAAGAAAUAAAUGCUUUUUGUUUUAUAAAUUAGUAAAACAAUAUCGGC